AUGAACUUGUCACGCAUAAUCACUCGCGGUAUAGCCACCACCUCCAACCAACCGACUACUUCUGUACCCACCCACUUCCGCAUCACACUCCGUCGCUCGGCCAUCGGCCUUCCUAAAUCCUCUCAACGUACGCUUGAAGCGCUUGGAAUACAUAGGAGGGGUGCAACCGUAUUUCAAAAACACUCUCCAGAAGCGGCAGGAAAGAUCCUGAGGGUAAAGGAAUUGGUCGGGGUCGAGAAUGUACCAGCGAGCGAGGUCAAGACAAAGCAACAAAUGAGGCAGGAAAGAAAGGCUGUCAGAGGCUACUCGGUCGUUGAAAGAUGGAAAAAAACUAGCACUUUGUAG